AUGGGCACAAUCUCUAUAAGAAAGUUCAUCCGCUGGCUCCCCGACGAACCCAGCGAACCAACAACAACCCUCGUAAUCACAAGCCCACGACUUAAACGCUUCGUCGAUCUACGGAUUCUAUUGCCAGACAAUGGCUCGACUGACCAAAAUGGUGCAGAACGAUCGAUCUUGUACUUCCAGGACUGGGCUAUAGCAGGUACAACAGUGUCAACCCAGAAACCAGACCCUUCAGGUGCUUUGACUUCUCAUUCAACCUUUAUCCAAUGGAUAUCCUCACGUGAACUGGGAAACGACGCGGGCUUCAUGUAUCCGCAACCCGGCGAGGACCUCACUCUUGAAAAAGGCAGCAUGGUAAAUCCGGACACGGGCAUUGACACAGCGUAUGAAGAACUCUGGCACGAUGCUACGCCAACUGCUGUGCCAGGAGAACCAGACGUCAGAGCGUUGGUUCUGCAGACUGAGGAUGAAGAGAAGGGUGUGAGAGGGUGCGUUGUAAGGCUGGGAAGGUAUGCGCAGGGACUGAUCAGGGUUGGUGAGGAGAUUGCGUUGGAGAGGUGGGAGUGGACGGAAGGUGGAUGGAAGAGAACCGUUAGGAUGGGCGACGAGGAAUUACCUAUUGAGAAGAUCUUGGGUGAGGAGACGUUGGAUGAGGAUGAUAGUGUUGAUGUUAGUGGAAGAACAUGGAAGGUUAUUGAAGCGAGUGGCAAGACCACUUCAAAGUAA